GUUGUUAUGCCUGAGAUGGCAAACCGUACCAAUAUAUCCUCCAAAUACCGGAUUCGAGGGCAUUAUCACUUUUAUACAACAUAUUCAAAUAACGAUUGACAUAUUUUCAUAAACGUUAUUUGGAUUAAUAUCUUCCUUAUACAUCCCUAUACAUCUAGGGUUGCAACCCAAGCCGGCUGGUCGUUUGUUCUAUCAGUUCAGUUGCCAGAGACGGGACCCACUCUUUUUGUUCUGCAUCUAUGGACGUGACCCAGUCGGCCAUAUUGGCUGGCAACGUUCUUAUCCCUUGCUAUCAAAUAAAUGUAACAAUCCAAGUUUUGUCCUAACCACACCAUAUUCCUGCAGAGUUAGACAGCGGGCUGCCAUUAGACCACGCAAGACUUCUUAACACAUAAUCUACCAGUGUUUACACAGCAGGAAUAUGGUACAUUUUGGACAAAAGUUGGAUUCAGAUGUUUUAUUAUUUAAAUUUUUUUAAUUGAAAAUUGUACACCCUUUUCUCCCCAAGUCCGUGGUAUUCAAUUGUUUGUAAUUACUAUCUUGUAUCAUCGCUACAUCUCCUGUACUGGCUCGGGAGAGGUGAAGGUCGAAAGCCAUGCGUCCUCCGAAACACAACCGCACUUUUUCUUAACGCAGCGCGCAUCCAACCCGGAAGCCAGCUGCACCAAUGUGUCUGAGGAAACCAAAGCUAUGCUCUGCCUAUGUCUUUGAACAGAAAGCUGAAAUACAUCAGUUUGGCCAUCCUUGUUGUCCAGAAUGCCUCUCUCAUCCUCAGCAUUCGCUAUGUCCGUACGCUGCCCGGUGACCGUUUCUUCACCACCUCUGCAGUGGUUAUGGCAGAGGUGCUCAAAGUACUUACCUGCCUUCUCAUCAUUUUAUUCCAGAGAAAAGGAAACCUAAAGGAGUUUAUUGUAUUGCAGUACAACUCCAUUGUCAUCCAAUACAAGGACACGCUUAAACUGGCUGUCCCAGCCCUCAUCUAUACCUUGCAGAACAACCUCCAGUAUGUGGCUAUCUCCAAUUUACCAGCAGCUACUUUCCAGGUGACCUACCAGCUGAAAAUUCUGACUACAGCUCUUUUCUCUGUGUUGAUGCUGCGGAAGAGCCUAUCACGGAUUCAGUGGCUAUCCCUGCUCCUGCUGUUCGCUGGGGUUGCUAUCGUACAGCUGGAGCAGGAAGGAAAACAGAAGGAGACUACCGUCACUGGACCGAGCCAGAACUAUGCCAAAGGACUGGUGGCAGUGAUAGUGUCCUGCCUCUCCUCUGGCUUUGCUGGAGUGUACUUUGAGAAAAUCCUUAAGGGCAGCUCAGCCUCUGUGUGGAUGAGGAACAUCCAGCUGGGCAUAUUUGGCACUCUACUAGGCCUGUUGGGCAUGUGGUGGAACGAUGGCCUUGCCAUUGCAGAGAAGGGCUUCCUGUUUGGGUACACACCCAUGGUGUGGGGUGUCAUCUUUAACCAGGCUUUUGGGGGUUUACUGGUGGCGGUGGUAGUGAAGUACGCAGACAACAUCCUGAAGGGGUUCGCCACUUCCUUUUCCAUCAUCGUCUCCACUGUCGUCUCGGUCUACCUCUUUGGGUUCCACGUGGACCUCCUCUUCACUCUGGGUGCUGGUCUGGUCAUUGGAGCCGUCUAUAUGUAUAGUCUGCCCAAAGCAGCUGCUCCCUCCCCGUCUACUGCUACCCUCUCCUCUUCCAGCCACAGUCUGGCCGACGGCGUUGGAGACUCGGAGACGGAAGCUUUCCUCCCAAAGUCCUCUGAAAAGGAAAAAGGAUGCUAAGAAAGUGCUUCACAUCUGAAGGCAUCUGAAGGCAUACCAUGCCUGCAUCUCAUGUCAAAGUGAUGUUGAAAGGAAAAUUAUUACAAAUGCCUUCUAUUAAUUUAAUUGAAAUUCCUAUACUAGCAGAUCUGUUGGAGAUGUUUGCCUCGGUUGCGAAUGGGUAUUGUAUGAAGAGAAUUACAUUAUCUUUUAAUCAUGCUUAGUUUACAUGUAACAGAUCAGGAGUAGAAACUUCCUUUGUAGAAAAUAUUUCCUUACACUGUUGUCUUACUAUUUAUCUAUAUAACAUUAACAUGAGUUCUUGUUAAAAAAAAUAGUUUUCUGCUCCGUAUCUACCCAUUUAUAACAAGUAUUAUUUAAUCCCCAUAAGAUUAGAAUAGAGUUUAAUAGUGUUUAACUAUUAGUUGUAUUAUGUGUGUGAUGCAUUGAAACACUAAUAUCAGCCUUUAAUGUAAAUCAAUCACGGCCUAUAUUUAACUUUUUUAUUUUUUUUUAUUUUAUGUGUUUGUUCAACACCCAGCUAAGCAAAACUGAAAAUGUGUUGAAAGUAAGGGCAGCAGGUAGCCUAGUCGUUUAGAGGCCAGUCGUUUAGAGGCCAGUAACCGGAAGGUCGCUGGUUCGAAUCUGUAGCAGAUUAGGGGGGUAAAUCUGUCGAUGUGCCCUUGAGCAAGGCACUUAGCUCUAAUUACUCCUGUUAGUUGCUCUGGAUAAGAGCAUCUGCUAAAUAAAUGUAUAUGUGUUGACUUGUA